UAUAUACUGUAGCGGGGCGAGCUGCCAAGCCACAAUGCCGUCAGCUCUCGGCGCCCGCUUCCGCCUGCAGUUCAACAGCCACAGCCCCUCCACCUAAGGAUAAGUACGGUAGUUUACUUCCCCAGCUGCCUCCUCAUCCCGUCCAUCGUCAAUGCCAUCGAUCUAGGUAGCUUGUCGCUGCCUUUCCACUGUCGCAGAGAUGGCUCAUUUCUUGCGAGGCAAGCAGGCCGGUAUCCAGAACGACCUGUCUGCUGGUUUAAAUCCAGAGCUCUUCGCUGUGGACGAUUUUGCUCGAUAUGGAAUAAAUUCACAGAUUAGCGCAAUAGCAUACGAUCCAGUGCAGUCCUUGCUCGCUGUAGGGACGAGUGAUACACAAUUUGGCAGCGGUCAGAUAUACGUUUUCGGCCAGCGGAGAGUCUCUGUCGUUUUCAACUUCCCGCGAAAGGCGUCUGCAAGAUUCGUUCAAUUUUGCGCGGACAAGCUCGUAAGCGUCGAUUCUAAGAGUGAGAUAUGCGUAUUCUCUCUCGCGACGAAGAAAUUGCUAGUGUCCUAUGCUCCUCCGGGCCUCGUCUCUUCACUGCUGACAGACCCGAGUCUGGAUUACGCGUUCAUCGGUCUACAGAACGGGGAUAUCAUUGCGUACGAUCUCGACCGCGAAUCCUUGACGCCCUUCCGCAUACCUAAUCUCUGGAAGGAGCAUAAUCCCCGAUCGCGGUUGUUCCCUGUCGUGUCGCUAGCUUUCGCACCUCGUGACAUAGGAAAGCUCCUAGUUGGGUACCCAGAAGGUGCGGUGACAUUCUCGUUCAAGCAGAAUAUCGCCCAAAAGUACUUCGAAUAUGAGAUUCCGCCAGGUGCCCCGGGCGGUUACUCGGAUGUAGCAAUGGCCCAGGAGCUGCGCCGGCCGAAAUUGACGAAGGCACUAUGGCAUCCCACUAACACUUUUGUCUUGACUGUGCAUGAGGAUUCAAGUCUAGUAUUUUGGGAUCCCAAGGAUGGCCGCCUGGUGAUGGCAACGACGAUCCACGACGCCAACAUAAACGUGCCAGGAGCGAUGUCUGAAAGACGAGAUUCACAGCAGAUGCUUCCAUCUGCAAAAGAACCUAUUCGCCAGAUUGCCUGGUGUGCGAAGAACAACCCUGACGACACCGGUCUCCUCAUAGCCGGUGGUCAUCCAACAACGGAGACCAACAAAGGACUGACGUUUCUUGACUUUGGGCCGACCCCGAACUAUCAGACUUCGUCAUGGCAGGUUCUCUCCAAACAUUUCGAGUCUCCCAAAAGGCGUAUUACACUACCAGUCCCGCCAGGCGCAGACGUCGUCGAUUUCUGUCUCAUUCCGCGUUCGUCGCCAUAUUUUGCUGGUGCUCAUGAUCCGAUCGCAAUUAUCGCAUUAUUAUCCUCUGGUGAACUACUGACGAUGAGCUUCCCUAGCGGACAUCCUAUCAGCCCCACCAACAUGCUCCACGUCUCUUUGGCUUUUGUUCACCCAUUUGUCAAUAAAAUCUCACUCACGCCUGUGGACCGCUCACCUUGGCUAGGGUUGAAAGAGCGACGAUCUCAGGGACCCAAGUUCCUGAUUGGCGGUGCUGAGGCGAAGAAAAACUUGAAGCGCUUUGAGGACCGUACAAUCGUCUCAACUGCUCAUGCGGAUGGAACAGUCCGUAUUUGGGAUGCUGGCCAUGAUGAUGAAAUUGAAAAUGGAGACGUAAUUCAGGUCGAUUUGGCUCGUGCUGUGGGCCGCGUCCAAGAUGUGGAGGUGACCCAAAUGUCUAUGUCUGGAGCGGCAGGGGAAUUAUCAGUCGGCUUGAAAACUGGAGAAGUUGUAGUAUUCAGAUGGGGCCGUAACCGGAAUUUUGGACGUGAUAUCCCAACCGGGCCCAAUGCAGGGCCGGGGGAAUUAACAGAUAUCACCCUAAGGACAGAUCCCAUUUUGAAGGAUGGCCUCUUGCCAUUAACUCUAUUGGAUAUGCAGCAAGGGCCCGUGACUGCACUGAAACAUAGCGACGUCGGAUUCAUAUGCGCCGGGUUCGAGGGAGGGAGCUUGGCACUCAUCGAUCUGCGUGGACCGGCAGUGAUAUACUCUGCUCAGAUCUCUGACUUCGUAAAGGUCAAUAAGCGGAGUAGCAUCAGAAAGAGCCGCACACAAGAAGGUGCUCCAUCUGAGUGGCCCACGUGCAUCGAGUUCGGCGUCUUAACGCUGGAUGGAGAAGAUUACUCGAGUAUCUGCUGUUUUGUUGGUACGAACCGAGGGAAUCUGGCGACAUUCAAAAUUUUACCAUCCAAUACUGGGGCUUAUACCGCCGUGUUAGCCGGUAUCACCUCCCUCGAUGAUAAAGUCAUAAGCAUCAGUCCCAUCGAUGCGGAAAAGGGGAAUCCUGCGCUGGCAACCGCAAAGGCUGUUGCGGGUCUCAGGACCGGUUUCAAACUCAAUGGGGUGAUUGUCGUUGUGACUCCAUCGGGUUGUAGGAUAUUCAAACCGGCAACCUCCAAAGGAGCCUAUAAAAGCUGGGACGAUUUCCUGUGUGACUCGGCUGCGGUGGUCAAGACUGAAGGCAGAGGUUAUAGUCUUGUCGGCCUCUUUGGCGACGGAAACGUUCGUGCCUACUCCAUCCCGUCUUUGAAGGAGAUCGGAAGCUCCAGAAUCGAUCACUUAGUGGAUAUGAGGCGACUUUCAGAAGCUUUGAUCUCCCCUACUGGCAAUAUCCUUGCUUGGAUAGGUCCAUCUGAAGUGGGCUUGUUGCGGGCCUGGGGAGCUGGCAUCGGAAUACAACCCUCUGCAGACCAACUAUUUAAUGAGCAGGCGCUCACUCCACCUCGUCCGACAAUCUCAAAUCUACAGUGGAUCGCCGGCACUCAAUAUGUGUCUCCUGCGGAUAUGGAUAUCCUAAUCGGUGGUCCUGAUCGGCCCCCUUCCAAGCGCAUGUUGGAGCAGAUGCGCGUUGAAGAACAAGAACGUCGCAGAGCCGCCCGUGAGGGUCAACGGCCAGGCCAGUCCCCAGUUGAAAGAAACGAUGAAGGUUAUAUGGCCUACAUGUCACGACAGGUCCAAGAGAGAACUGAGAGGCUCAAUCUCAUGGGAGACACCAUGGAUAGGCUGGAAGAAAACAGCAGCAGCUUUGCAAACGACGUCAGUAAAUAUGUUCAAUCACAGAAACGAAAGAUGUUCCUUGGUGCCCUAGGCUCUAAGUUCGGCCUCUGAGCAUCGCGUGUUUCCAUGUACGUAUUAACGGUCGUGAACUUAUCUGGUAAAGGGCUGGGACACUUUCUGCAAAGCUUAUGAUAGAUGAUACCACUGGAGUUAUCCGUUCAUUACGACGUUCCAUUAGUGUUUUUUUUUUCCCCUCUCAUUCCGAAUGCUAUACUGUGGCCAUGAUGGAUUCAUCCGCUAGCGGAUUUGCCAUGGCCGUACGCUGUUUACAUUGGAGAAUAUCUCAUUAAAAUUGCAGAAAUACAAGGAAACUAGAAUU